CGCAGGCUGAGGCGGUCGCGGCAGCUACGGCUUGAGCGGGCCCGGCGCCGGCUGCGGCGGAAAGUAUCCCACCGGCGGGCUAUGUGAGCGCCGAGCCCUUGGCAGCACCAAACAAGAUUUGUGAUGAAAUGGAGCCUGGAACAAACUCUUUUCGAGUAGAAUUUCCUGAUUUUUCCAGCACCAUUCUGCAGAAACUGAACCAGCAGCGCCAGCAGGGACAGUUAUGUGAUGUGUCCAUUGUUGUCCAAGGCCACAUUUUCCGAGCACACAAAGCUGUUCUUGCUGCCAGUUCCCCCUACUUUUGUGACCAGGUACUCCUGAAAAACAGCAGGAGGAUUGUUUUGCCUGAUGUGAUGAAUCCCAGAGUGUUUGAGAACAUUCUCCUGUCAAGUUAUACGGGGCGUCUAGUAAUGCCUGCUCCAGAAAUUGUCAGUUACUUAACAGCAGCGAGCUUCCUCCAGAUGUGGCAUGUGGUCGACAAAUGCACUGAGGUUUUAGAAGGAAACCCUACAGUCCUUUGUCAGAAGCUAAAUCAUGGCAGUGACCAUCAGUCUCCAAGCAGCAGCAAUUACAAUGGCCUGGUAGAGAGCUUUGAGCUGGGCUCCGGGGGCCACACUGAUUUCCCCAAAGCCCAGGAACUGAGGGAUGGAGAGAACGAAGAGGAGAGCACCAAAGACGAGCUGUCAUCUCAGCUCACUGAGCACGAAUACCUUCCCAGUAACUCGUCCACAGAGCAUGACCGGCUGAGCACGGAGAUGGCAAGCCAGGACGGGGAGGAGGGGGCCAGCGACAGCGCCGAAUUCCACUACACCCGGCCCAUGUACAGCAAGCCCAGCAUAAUGGCUCACAAACGCUGGAUCCACGUGAAGCCUGAGCGCUUUGAGCAGGCGUGCGAGGGCAUGGAUGUGCACGCACCCUACGAUGAGCACCAGGUCACAGAGUCCGUCAACACCGUGCAGACGGAGUACUCGGUCCAGCCCUCGGGGGUAGAGGAAGACUUUCACAUCGGGGAAAAGAAAGUGGAGACAGAGUUUGACGAACAGGCUGAUGAAAGCAAUUAUGAUGAGCAGGUGGAUUUCUAUGGCUCCUCCAUGGAAGAGUUUUCUGGAGAGCGGUCAGAUGGGAAUCUCAUUUGGCACAAACAGGAGGCUGCUCUAGCAUCGGGCUACAGUGAGAAUAUUGAGAUGGUAACAGGGAUUAAAGAGGAAGCUUCCCACCUAGGAUUCUCAGCCACUGACAAGCUGUAUCUUUGUCAGUGCGGCAAGAGUUUCACUCACAAGAGUCAGAGAGAUCGACACAUGAGCAUGCACCUCGGGCUCCGGCCUUAUGGCUGUGGGGUCUGUGGUAAGAAAUUCAAAAUGAAGCAUCAUCUCGUUGGUCACAUGAAAAUUCACACAGGCAUAAAGCCAUAUGAGUGUAAUAUCUGUGCAAAGAGAUUCAUGUGGAGGGACAGUUUCCACAGGCAUGUGACUUCUUGUACCAAGUCCUACGAAGCUGCAAAGGCUGAGCAGAAUAUGACUGAGGCUUGUACCAAGUCCUACGAAGCUGCAAAGGCUGAGCAGAAUAUGACUGAGGCUUGUACCAAGUCCUACGAAGCUGCAAAAGCUGAGCAGAAUAUGACUGAGGCUUGUACCAAGUCCUACGAAGCUGCAAAGGCUGAGCAGAAUACAACUUGAGUGGCAGGCACAAAAAUAAACUGUGGUAAUUAUGCAAAUCUGGGCACAGAUGAUGCGUGCUACUUGCUAUUAUGAGAGAAGCUUAAAAAAAAGGAAGAUAUUUCUGCAAGACCAGUUCUAAGUAGGCCAAUUAAAAAAUCUAAUUCUUCAAAUGUGUCUGUUCCCGGCCUGGAGUGGCUAAAGGGGAUAAGUGCGCCCACCUCACACCUGGUAAGGUGAACCUUCAGGCCUCUUGGGAAUGAAGCUGGUGAACUAGAGGGUAGAGACACCUGCACUUGGAAUUGGACUCCAACCCCCCAGUUCCGUUUCAGGUGGCAGCGGUGUUUGAUCAGUCAUUAUUACAAGGUCAUAUUGGAAUUUUAUUUUGCUCUUACUAUAGAUACUUAGGUAAUGUGGGUUUGUUUUGGUAGCUGCUUCACUGAAUGAAAUGCUACUUAUGUAAUAGCUACAAAUAAUGUGAUUCCUAGGAUACUAAGUUGAUUAACAGAGCUCUCUUAUCUGGUUUUGUUCUUUCUAAAGAGUAUUCUAACCAAAACUAUGGAGAUUAUUAAGAGGGUGACAUUCUAAG